AUGGAUAGCAAUAAAGAGAAUGAGAAAGAGAGUAUACCAAAUAAAUUUAGAAAGGAUACUCCUCAUCCUUUUAUGAAGAGAUAUCAACACCCAUCUACACCCUCCACACCUUAUCAUUCAAAUUUUGAGAGAGUUCAGCAAUUGCCGCAACAACAAUCAUCAGUUGUAACACCUUCUACAGACUCACUUGUACACUCUUCUGUCUCUAGUGUUAAUACUGCAAUUUAUAAAACACCAUAUUAUCUCACACCAAGAAACAACAAUAAUGAUAAUGAAUAUCAAACACCUUACUCCAGUUUGAAGAAAGAUACAUCUUCCCAACGGUUGUUUGCUUUGUUUACACCAGACACCGAUCCUCAACCAAACACUACUACAAACAUCAACACUGGAAAGAAUGUUCAUUCUCCACCAAAGUUGAUACCAUCCAUCAGUGAACUUAAAGAUAUUACUGAAAAGUGUUUGCUUGUUCUGAGUGUUCAUGAUAUUGAUACUAUUGAAUCAGAGACUCAUCAAAAGAAACCACUUGUCAGAGAAUGGUUUAGACAACAUUGGUUCGAUGGAAAUGAGUACAUUCAAAAGGUGGUCAUUCUUCGAACUGUUUACUCAAUAUUUUGUAGAUUAUCAAAAGAGAAAAGAUUGCAACAUGACAUAGUAGAGAGAUUUCAAAAGUUUUGGAUUGGUUUAGUUAAAUUUAAUGAGAACAGAGUACCACACAGAAAGAGAAAAACAAUUGACACAACAAACAAAUACAACAUCAAUGAAGUAGAACAAAAUGAAUAUAGUGAAAUCACAUCAGAUUCAACAACUUUACUUUUCAACUCGGAUUAUUAA